GGGCAACAUUGCUUUUCCCCAGAUGUCUCUUCAAUUAUUUGUGUGUGCUUGCUCUUCCCAAAUUAUUCCCAUCGCAAGUUCCAAGGGAUAGUCGGGCAGUUGGCAGAUUAUCACAAUGGAUUGGGCAAAUUACUCGUCGCCUUCGCGGCUCGACUCCUUUGUCGAUGAUCUGGUUGAUGUCUGGCAUCUUCACCGAACUCCAAUUCUCCUGACUCUCUGUGUUAUUCUUGUCGCGAUUCGAACAUACUUUUACAUCAAUGGUCAAAAGACGGAAAUAGUUGCGUUCAAGAAGGUUUACGAAGAGCCUGCCAAGCCCAAGGUUGUCGUCGAAGAAAAGACCCCCACCAUCGAGCCAGUCGAAGAGAAAAAGAAUGUCAAGUCUCAGGGCCCUCGAAGGAUCAAGGGUGGAAUAGCGAGGAAACCAUCGAAGAACAAGGAAGAGGAGAAGGAUCUCACCCGACCUGUCGCACCUCUGGUCUUUUUCUCCUCCAUUACAACCAAGACAGCAAAGAUUGCCGAGGCGUACAUUGAGGAUUUCUGUGGAAAGCUGGAUGAGUUGUCCAAGCUAUCCGGUCGCCAAUUUCUCAAGCCUGAACUUCGAGACCUCACCGAGAUCGAUUUCGAUGAUUAUUUCCUUGCGCCGUACAAGGGCCACGGUGACGCCGAUCUCUUCUACCUCUUCCUGAUUCCUAGCUACAACAUCGAUACCAUCAACGACACAUUCCUUGAGCACCUCCAAGAAACCCAUCAUGACUUCCGAAUAGAUACCGCCCCUCUGUCAGGUAUUCUAGGUUAUUCAGUAUUCGGUUUUGGCGACAGUGAAAACUGGCCUACAGAGGCAGACGGUUUCUGUUUUCAGGCUAUGGAAGUCGAUAAGUGGAUGGCUAAGCUUACUGCUAGAAAGAGAGCGUACCCAGUUGGAAUGGGUGACAUGAAAAGUGAUCACGAAGAGCGCCUACAAGAAUGGAGUAAGGGUGUGCAAGAGGUCAUUGAGCAUGUCGCACGUACUGGAAGCUUGGGCGAAGGAGUUCCCGGUAGCGGAGCAGCCGAGGAAAGCGAUGUUGAAGAUAUCGCAGAGGACGAAGAUGAUGGCGAAGUUGUCUUUGAUGACGAAGAACCCAAGAAGAAGUCGAAGAGUGCAAGAGAUCUGGAUGAUGUUGAGGACCUAGGACGCUUGAUCAAAAAGGACGACGGUUCGACGACUCAAAAAGCACCUCUCGCUGUUGAUUUCACCACGUAUGGUUCCUCCACAAAGAAGGCAGUCCCUCAGGGCCCCAAAGAAAUGGUCGCAAAGGAAUCACCAACAUACAAAGCUCUCACCAAACAAGGUUAUGCAAUUGUGGGAUCUCAUUCCGGAGUCAAGACAUGCCGGUGGACAAAGUCGGCUCUCCGCGGAAGAGGCUCAUGUUAUAAGUACUCAUUCUACGGAAUCAAGAGCCACUUGUGCAUGGAAACGACGCCUUCACUGUCUUGCUCGAACAAAUGCGUUUUCUGUUGGCGUCACGGCACAAAUCCCGUUGGAACAACAUGGCGUUGGGUCGUUGAUCCUCCUGAAUUGAUCUUUGAAGGAGUCAAAAAGAACCAUUAUCAGAAGAUCAAGAUGUUGCGCGGUGUGCCUGGUGUGCGAGCGGAGCGAUUUGCCGAAGCUAUGCAGAUCAAGCACUGCGCCUUGUCACUCGUUGGAGAGCCAAUCUUCUACCCUUAUAUCAACGAAUUCCUUGGUAUGCUACACGCCGAACGUAUCUCCUCGUUCCUCGUGUGUAAUGCUCAGCAUCCUGACCAGUUGGCUGCUCUCAAGGUUGUGACUCAACUCUACGUAUCAAUUGAUGCAGCUGAUAAGGAGUCACUACGGAAGAUUGACAGACCUCUCCACCGAGACUUCUGGGAGCGAUUCAACCGAUGUCUUGAUAUCCUUCGCGAGAAGCGCUUCCACCAUCGUACUGUCUUCCGAUUGACACUCGUCAAGGGAUUCAACGUCGAGGAAGAAGCUGAGGGUUACGCAAGACUCGUGGAGCAAGGUCUGCCCUGUUUUGUCGAGGUCAAGGGUGUCACAUACUGUGGCACAUCGACAUCUUCCAAUGCCGGAUUGAGCAUGUCCAAUGUCCCCUUUUACUGGGAAGUCUGCGACUUUGUUAAGGCGCUCGAGAAGAGGUUGAAGGAAAAGGGACUCAAGUACGGCAUCGCUGCCGAGCACGCCCACAGCUGUUGUAUCUUAUUAGCUAGCGAGAGGUUCUAUGUCGAUGGCAAGUGGCACACUUUGAUCGAUUACAAGAAGUUCUUUGAGUUGCUCGAAUCAAGGGGGCCUCCUGAUGAAGGUGGUUGGACCCCCGAGGAUUAUAUGGACGCAACUCCAACUCCAGAAUGGGCAAACUGGGGUAACGGUGGGUUUAACCCAGAGGAUGAAAGAGUAGAUAGGAAGGGACGGAAGAUUGAGGCUUAAUAGUCCAUAAGUAGAGGAAAGAAGAAGAUAAUUAAGCAAUUCAUUUGCCACAUCUCUUGCAC